AUGGAGCCUUUAUAUGAGAGGUUCAGAAAGCAAGCGCCUCCAGUAUUUCUGGGAGACCCUGAUGUUUUAAAAGCUGAGCAGUGGUUGACUGUUAUUGAGAAAAUAUUGAAUUUUAUGGGAGUAGCUGGAAAUGAUAGGGUGGCAUGUGCCACCUUUCAAUUUCAAGAGGAUGCCCUGAUCUGGUGGGAAAUGGUAUCCCUCACCAGAGAUGUAACUAGAAUGACCUGGGAAGAGUUCCGAGAAUUGUUUAAUGCCAAGUAUUACAACGAGGCGGUCCGCAGUGCAAAGCGGAAGGAAUUUAUUGAGUGGGUACAAGGUGAGAGUAUGUCAGUGACCGAAUAUACCACCAAGUUUGAUCGCUUGGCCAAGUUGGCCUCCGGAAUUGUACCAACAGAUUUCAGCAAGAAAGAAAAGUAUUUGGCUGGGCUGAAUGCCAAAAUCAGACAUGACUUGGUUAUUACAACAAAUGAUACCACAACCUAUGCAGAAAUGGUUGAUAAGGCUCUUCGAGCUGAAGGAGCAGUUAAAUUCUUACAAGAAACCCGAUAG